AUGUUGGCACAGGACAUGGAAUCUUGCAAACAGAUUCACAAAGUCCUCAGUGCAGAUGUGCACACACGUGCAGGUGCAGCGCAACUCUUGGGUGCAGACCCAGGGCCGGUGCUAACUGAUGCAGGAAUUGCGGACUUGGAGAAAGCAAGUCGAGCCCAACUGAAGCAGCUGGAAAAGAUGUCUCAGGUUUGCCCCGAGUAUGACCAAGCCGUUGCAGCUUGCCAUGAAGCUGUUGCGACUCUGAAGAGGCAGUCCGCCGCAGAGGCUUUGCCCCGUUACGAAGCUUUGCUGAAGGAAGGCCUGUCUGCCACCAGAACGCUUGGAGCUAGGGAUCUUCGUUGGCCUAGACCCAUUGUGAUGAUGAAGCCCGAGUCCUCGUGCUUCUCUAUGCCUCAAGGCAAGGCCCGUUUGGCCCUUCUUUGCGGACCGACUGCAGCGCUGAGUACUCAAAAGCUAGCGGAGACUUCCGCGCGGCUCGGUGUCCGGCCAAAGGCUUGUGCUUUGACCUGGUGCAUGGAGGCUACUGAAGCAUCUUCCAGUAGCGCUGUUUGCAUAGGGCUAGAGCCAGCAGCUGCCGAACCGCCAUUAAAGCGCGCUCGCACCGCUGGAGGGCCAGAAGGUACUGUACGUGUACGUCACAUUCUUUUUCGCCACCCACAGCUGCGCCAGGUGGAUCCCAUGGCGCGGCGCGAGGGCGCAGCUCGAAACGUUCUUGAGGCGGAGUCAAAUGCUUUGAAACUGCUGCAGGUGCUUUUGAAGGAUCCGAACCAAUUCAUCAAGAGUUGCAGAGAGCUUUCGGAUUGUCAGACUGCCGAGCAACCUGGACAAUUGGCGGGAGAUCUUGGAUGGUUGGCGCGCGGCCAACAAGAGGCAAGCUUCGAGGAGGUGGCGUUUGGCCUGCCCGUGAACUCCAUCGGCGACUUGGUCUCCACCAGCCGCGGUGUCCACAUCAUCCAACGUCUUGGCUGA